GCCCCAUGGCCCUGCCCAGAACCAGAGGGCCUUCAUUAGUGCUUGGUGCUUAUCGAGGAGUCACAGCCACUGACAGAGCUGCCAGCCCUCUCUCUGCCUGCCCUGAACCCAGAGUGCCAUGGGGAACUGCCUGAAUCAGGGAAAGUCUUCCUCAGUGGACACGAAUGGAAGUCUGGUGCAUCUUGGAUACUACUCAUGGAACUAUUCCUUUGAUGAAUACACCACCUACGAAUACUUAGAAGACUACAACGCCCUGGAUGACGCUGCUCCCUGCCAUUCCUGUAACCUGCUGGAUGACUCCUCAUUGCCUUUCUUUAUCCUAUGCAGUGUCCUGGGUAUUCUGGUCAGUGGAGCUGUCCUCUUUGGGCUACUUAAACCUCUGUUCCACUGGCAACUCUGUCCUGCCUGGCCUUUCCUAGCACAGAUGGCCCUGGGCAGUGGUCUCUUCAGCAUCGUGGUGCCCAUCCUGGCACCAGGGCUAAAUAGUUCACAGAGCACUAUCUUAUGCCCCCUGGGCUACUGGGUCUGGUACAGCUCAGCCUUUGCUCAGGCUCUGCUGAUAGGGUGCCAUGCCUGCCUGGGCCCCAAACUGGGCAUUGGCCAGAUUCCAGGCCUCACCCUGGGACUCACUGUGGGAAUUUGGGGAGUGGCUGCCCUAUUAGGAUUACCAGUCACCCUUGCAAGUGACACAUCUGACCCCUGCACCCUGUCCUACAGCAGGGGUCUGGGUGCUCUGCGGUCCACACAUGUUGUGGUCUGUUUUAUCGUCUUCAGCUUGUUGCCCCUGAGCUUAUUGGGAGCCAAUGGGCUGAAGAGGGCACUGGGCUGGAGUUCAGGUCCUUGGGUUGACGUCCUGUGGAUGUGGUUCAUUUUUUGGUGGCCUCAUGGAGUGAUUCUGGGAUUUGACUCCCUAGUAAGGGCCAAAGUCUUGGUGUUGCCAACGUGUCUGGCCCAGCGGGUUCUGGAUCUCGCGCUGCACCUGGCUGAAGCCCUGGCUAUGUUGCACUGUAUAGCUACUCCUCUGCUCCUGGCCCUAUUCUUCCACCAAGCCACCCACUCUUCCUUUCCUUCCCUGCCCCUCUCUGCAAGACGGUCUCCUCAGAUGGAUAACGCUGGAAGCAAAACCUAACACUCCUCCCACCUGUCAACCAGAAGUAAAGUCUGUAUUGCUUUAAUAAA